CCUCUUCGGCCUCCUCUGUAGGCGAUAGGAACGAUAUGGGCGACAUGGAUGGCGUUCAAGCUAAUGCCGGAUCUCCACUGGAUGCCCCCUCCACAGGAAACCAUCAAGCUAACAAGAGGUAUGUCGGAGUCCCUGUCCAAAGGAAAUGCUACCCGUUAAUUAUAUUCUGCUCUAUCAAGAUUCUUCUCUGCUUUCAAGACCAUGGUAUUCUUUGUAAUUAUCUUCUGUGGUUGGUUCUUGAUGGGUAUCAUGAGAUACACUGCUCAGCAGAAGCAGAUCACAGACCUAUCAGACGCAGCACUUCCAUGUGCCCCCGUCGAAUUCACCUCCUGGGAAGUGGACCGACGAACCCACGAUCCCUACGCGCAGCUAUCCACUUGGGGUUUGCAGUUCGCCCAUUUUCAGCUUUUUGGCAAUAAACAGGCUGGCAAUGCCUUCUUCACCAUCACCAAGGGCCUGGACCUUGACGAUAUGAUCGCAAGCGUGGUCCAGGUACAAGCUCGAUUGAACGACCUCGACAUUGAUACCUUCAACUGGAUCUUCUUCGACUCCCACCAAUUCCCGGCUGAUUUUCAAGCUGCUGUCACUAGGGCUUCGGCCAUGCCGUGUUUCUUCAAGGUCAUCCCGGAGGACCCCCGUGUAUACACGCAGUCCAAUACUAGCUAUAAAUUAACAGAUGCCAGCAGUGUUAAUACGGCGUCAUCCCCGAAAAGGAAGGAGCACAGCCAAGGCUUCAGCAAGAUAGUUCUAGAGAAACAUCUUGCAGGAUAUCAUCAGCUAUGGCAGGUCCAACCAGCUCCCGGAUCCCCUCGAACGUUCAGUCAUGGAUGGAGUCCAUCAACCUCAGAUAGAAUCACCACCUUCUUCGACAGUAUUCAACCUACUCACUCCCCCCAGGAAGGCGUCGAGAAUUCCCUCCAUCGCCACAGGACGUUGCGAAAACAGCGUCACGGUCAGAGCUUGUGGUCCGAAACUGGAACUUGGUUGUUCAGAAACAUACAAGCGAAACCUGAGUGCCCCAUUAACGCACUUCAAAUUCGAGGGUAUCCCGAGGCUCGUAUCUGGUAUCUUAACGACGUUGGUUAUGCUUAUAGUACUUACGAACAAAGCACAUCCCGGAGACAGCUAAUGCUCGAAGCACCAGAGAGUACCCGUGAGCUUGGGGUGGCUGAUCAGCAAGCCGACAUCGCAACCCUCGAUACGCUUGAGAUCCAGACCCUAGUCUUUGGGCCUUGCGACACAUUCUCCCACCAGCACCAUCAAUGGGAUAUGAUUGCCAAAGACUUGGAGCGACAGGGGGCAGUUCCUGGUCUCCGUAGUGGCCGUACUACCGUGGGCAGCGAUAAAACUAACUCCACACAGUCCAGGGCAAAAUGUUAUAGCCCAUGGCACCUCUUGGAUUCCACCGCCACGCAGAGUAUCUCUCUAGGAUUUAUGGUGACUGCAGCAUUCCUGGUGGCUCAUUGGAUAACCAACUCCGAGAAGAGCGCGUCGCGCGCUUUCACCUAUCAUACCACCAUUCGUUUUACUGCGUGUUCUGCCAUCAUUUGGGUCUUAGGAAAGCUAUUGUCUUGGCUUCAAGUCGGUAACGAUAAGCUAUAUCUGCCCAUCCAGCUCGACAUGGGUGCAGAGUAAGGCGGCACUUCAACUAGUAAGGUGAGAUGAUUCCGGCAGCUAAGGUUCCAUUUUUGCCCCUUCUUGAGCUAUCUGUUGCGUACGGCCAACAGAUGACAGAUCUACCACUGCAUCACAGAUCCCCCCAAUUCGGAAUCCCACGGAUAAUCAUGGAUUGUCCAAUCAGCCUAAGCAUAUAACGAUGCUCGACUUUCGACACAUUGU